GAGACGUUGAUCUUGUAGGUUGUCCCAUACAUUCUACCGGUGCUUCAUAGCCGUGUAGCUGGACUGCAUUGCACAACCAUGGGCAGUGUGUUAGCUGCCACGUCCCCAAACCCCCCUGCUUCAGGCACUGGUAGCAGCCAGGGGGGUCCAGGCCUGACAGUGCCGCCCGGCUUCACCAUGCCCACCGUGUCAUCUCUGGGCACCGGCGCACAGGCUGGCACAGACGCAGAGCCCUCUGUCCCCAACCCAGGCACGUUUGAGGAGUGUCAUCGGAAAUGCAAAGAGGUCUUCCCGGUGCAGAUGGAGGGCGUGCGACUGGUGGUCAACAAGGGUUUAAGUAAUCAUUUUCAGGUGAGCCACACAGUUACACUGAGCACCAUGGCAGAGUCCGGCUACAGGUUUGCAGCCACGUAUGUCGGGAGCAAGCAGACUGGACCUGCCGAGUCAUUUCCAGUAAUAGUUGGUGACAUGGAUAACACGGGCAGUCUCAAUGCGCAGCUUAUUCACCAGCUGACCACACACAUACGCUCCAAAAUUGCUCUGCAGACACAGCAACACAAGUUUGUGAACUGGCAGUGUGACGCAGAGUACCGUGGAGAGGACUUCACUGCAGCUGUGACCAUCGGCAAUCCAGAUGUUCUUGUUGGAUCUGGGAUUUUAGUGACUCAUUACCUUCAAUCCCUGACCCCUGCCUUGGCUUUGGGGGGAGAGCUGGUGUACCACAGGAGACCUGGAGAGGAGGGCACGGUCACCUCAUUCGUGGGCAGAUACACAGGCAGCAAUUACGUGGCCACCCUGACUGUUGGAGGAGCGGGCGCUCAUGCGUCAUACUACCACAAAGCCAACGAUCAGUUGCAAGUUGGUGUGGAGUUCGAGGCAAGCACACGCAUGCAGGAAACAAGCAUGACCUUCGGUUACCAAAUGGACCUGCCAAAAGCUAAUCUUCAAUUUAAAGGUUCGUUAGACAGUAACUGGGUGGUAGGGGCGACGAUGGAAAAGAAGCUGCUGCCGCUCCCGUUGUCUCUGGCUCUCGGUGCCUUCCUGAACCAUCGCAAAAACAAGUUUCAGUGCGGAUUUGGAGUUACUAUCGGUUAGACUUUGCACCAGGAGCAACGAAACACAGCAGAUCUGCAUUUGAUUUGCAGACUUGGACUGGUGCAGAGAGACAGGGGGACAUGGACCAACAACCAAACGGACUCGGAUUCUCCCAGAAGCACUGCGGUUAAACCUCACACGGACGCAUGAGGACUACAAACAAACAAACAUAAAAAAAAAAAAUUAAAAAAAACAGGUUAAAGUGACCAGCCUUUCAAAUUUGCUGGUCUACUUCAUGUGAAAAGAAACGACUCAUGAUCAGACAACAUUAAAAUAUUUAGGGGAGAAAAGAUGUUUACGGCUAAUGCAUCCAGACUACAUAAAGAUGUGAUUUUCA